AUGUCGUCGAUCAAGUCCAAGGAAGAAGAAGCAGCAGCUUUACUGAGUUCGAUUCCUCCAGGUUACCGAUUCAAGCCGAAAGACGAAGAACUGAUUGAGUUUUACCUGAAAAGAAAGAUUAAAGAUCAAGAACUUCCGCCAAACUUGUUCAGGGAUGUCAAACUCUAUGAUCAUGAUCCCGAGACUCUUACAGCGAUUAACAACAAUGGAACGUCGGAUGGAGAGGUGAUGGAGUGGUAUUUCUUCACGCCGCGAGAUCGUAAAUACGGGAACGGCAAGAGGCCGAGUCGAAGUGCUGGUGACGGGUACUGGAAGGCGACCGGCAAGGACAAAGAGGUCGUGUCGAGUGAAGGGCAGGAAAAUGGGACUGCACCUCUUGUUCAACGUGAAGAGUUUGGUGCUGGUGCCUUGAAUAUGCCGAUUAAGGACCAAAGGUCACCCGAUGAUGGUGCGAUCGUAGGACAUGGUGAAGGCCGAGUGCUCGAAAAUGGGAUGGAGGCUGGUUUUAUACCGAUGCCUACUCCAUUAACAACAGUGCCUCUUGAUUACCAGUCUUGGUUGGGAGUUUCGUUGCAGCAGCCGCUCUCAGGUGACGGUCUAAGUAACUGGUCACAUUUGUCAUCGAUGCAGCAGCCGCUUUCAGAUGCUGGUUUAAGUAAUUGGUCACAACUCGCUAUCGAUGGAGCAGCCUCUUUCAGAUGUCGGUCCAAGUAUUGGUCAUACUUGGCAUGA